UCAAAUCAAGAUGGGUUUGGAGAAUUAUCGUAUUGUCACUGACAGUCAAUUGACUGCUUCAUCACAAAUUGAUAAAGAUCAUGGGCCAACCAGUGGACGACUUACUGUAGUUGACCAAAGCAAUGUUUCUUGGGUACCAAAAUCUACUGAUACUAACCGUUGGAUCCAAGUCGACUUUUUAGAAAGGAAGUCAAUAACAGGAACCGUAGUUCAAGGAGGAUCAGAAUAUGGAUGGGUUUCUAAAUACAACACAUCAGCAACAACAAAAACCAUAACAUUCAUUACACCAACAGUCACAGGAUCAACUACAGAAGGAACAACAACUAAAGUAUGUAUGAUUCCAAUGGGAGUAGAGAGUAGAUAUGUGAUCAAUCUUAACCAGUUAACAGCUUCAUCCCAGAUUGAUAUAUCACAUGGAGCUGACCAGGGACGAAUCUACAACACAGCUGUUAAUGGACAUGGUAGUGCCUGGAUGCCAUUGUAA